CUGCGUAACGGAGGCGCGCGGCGCUCCCCCGUGUCUGUUUAAACGUCCGGCGGCCUCCGGUGUGAAAACGGCACGGACACACAGCUAAACAUUAACCCGAACUGCCUGUUUACCCAGCGCCAACAAGACUGUCCGCUUCUCCGAGCAACAUGGCGACGGCUGGCGUGGUGUGGCCGAGGGGACGGCUGGUGGUCAGGUACUCCGCCGGCCUGCACCGCGGCACCAGGAGGUUUUCAGAGCGUGGUGACAAAGGCUGGCUCCGUUCCCUGUUUGUGCACAAAGUUGAUGCCAGGAAAGAUGCCCACUCCAACCUGCUGUCAAAGAAAGAGACCAGCAACCUGUACAAAAUUCAAUUUCACAAUGUCAAACCCGAGUGCCUGGAAGCGUACAACAGUCUACAGGUAGAGGUGCAGACCAGGCUCCAUUUGGACCAGGACUACCCGUGUGAGGUGGUAGGAAGCUGGAAUACCUGGUAUGGGGACCAGGACCAAGCUGUGCAUCUUUGGCGGUACAGAGGAGGCUACCCAGCUUUGACUGAAUGCCUCAACAAAUUGAGAAAUAACAAGGAAUAUUUAGAGUUUCGGAAAGAGAGGGCAAAAAUGUUGAUUUCAAGGCGGAACCAGCUUCUCCUGGAGUUCAGUUUCUGGAAUGAGCCCCUGCCCAGACCAGGACCCAACAUCUACGAACUGCGCACAUACAAACUCAAGCCAGGAACCAUGAUUGAAUGGGGCAACCACUGGGCGAGGGCGAUCAAAUACAGACAGGAAAACAAUGAAGCGGUGGGCGGGUUCUUCUCACAGAUUGGCGACCUGUACGUCGUUCAUCACUUAUGGGCUUACAAAAGCCUCCAGUCCCGGGAGGAGACCAGGAAUUCGGCCUGGCUGAAGGAGGGAUGGGAUAGCAGUGUGUACUAUACAGUGCCUUUGAUCAGAAGCAUGGAGUCGAGAAUAAUGAUUCCCACCAAGAGUUCUCCAUUACAGUGAGAGCAGAGCGCUGGAAUCUCAAAUAUCCUGAUGUCCAAAACCAGAGGACAUCGAAUGUUUUUUUCACCCACUGACACUUAGAUGAAGCUAUGUCGUGCUGAUUCUACUUUUUUUUUUUAUUAUUUUUAAUGUAAUUGCUGAAUGAUCAGUGUGCUACUGCAAACUAUGAAAGCAGAUGUGUUCUGAUUUUGUCAUAUUUGCACCCCAGCCGAUGAACAACAGUGACACCUUAGCUGUGUGUACAUUGAAAUAUUCAUAUUUCAGAGCUUUAGGUCAAAUGCAGUAUGUGGAAAUGGGCUUACAAACUGCUGGAAAUGAUGUUGUGUUUUGGAGAUGGUAAAUAAUGAAAACCAUGUCUUAUGAUUGUGUAGCGCUAAGAGCUGUUUUUAACGAUUGUGAAUUAAAUCAGUCAUGUUUGAAGGUGCAGCGAACAGAAAGCCUUUUUGUGAGUGUAUUAAUUUUGAGAUUCAUUGCUAUUAUGGUGAUUCAUGUGACAUGAACAAUGCUUGUCUACCUCGUGUAUUUGAAAAAAAGAAUCAUGUCUCCUCGAUAAAUAAAAUGACUUAUUUGCUCAUGAAUGUGUGGAAAUAUUU